AUGAAAACACGCCCUUCUCUGUAUAGGUGUAUCUUAAUAUUAGCUUUGCUGGUUAAUAUUUGGAAUUAUGCUACUUACGUAAAUGGAUUUAAUGUCGAUUUUAAAUCUCCACUUUUCAAAACUGGGAGAGAGGACUCAAACUUUGGGUUUUCACUACUAGGAUAUUCACAUUUUUCAGGUCAAAAAGGUGUUGUUAUUGGAUCACCGAAAGAGGGGAAAAAUGGUGGGCUUUUCUGGUGUUCACUCUUCAAGAGUACAUGCAGCCGAGUUGAUAUUAAUUUGGAAAAAGAGACACAUAUGCAACCUGGUUUAAAUGGGGCUCUUUUUGGAUACUCAAUGGCAUCAAGCUUUGUCAGCGACCGGGGUCCUAUCACAGUUUGUGCACCACGUCUUUCAUGGUCAUCAGCAUCAUCUUUGUAUGUACCUGGUGGAUGUUUUGAAUUUGAUGAACGUUUAGAAAAUCCUCAAUUGAAUCCUGCGCCAAGUGCAAUUUGUUUAAAUGUUGAAGGUUCUGAUAAAUCAAUUGAUUUAAGAUAUUGUACAUUUGGUGCAUCAGUUAGUCAACAUCCUAGUAAACCUAAACAAUUAUUUAUUGGCGGUCCACAUUUUUAUUUUGAAAAAGGUGUUGGAGUUUCAGUAAAUAUGAACACAUUCGAAAGAGUUAUCACAUCAAUUGACGCUAUUCCUUCAAAUACACUUCUUGGUUCUUCAGUUGCUACUUCCAAUCGAUUAUACGCUCCACUACCAGGAAUAAAUGCAUAUGAGUUAUAUGUGGCUUACGGUGGUCCAGGUGUUCCGAGUAAUGGUGGCAACAGCUUUAUAGAUAAUAUGAAAUUCGGUACUGGAGUCGUUUCAAUCUUUCAAAGUAAUAAAGAAAAUGGAAGGAAUAAUGUCAAACCGUUGAUGAAGAUAGAAGGUCAAAGCUUUGGAAGUCGAUUUGGUCAUUCACUUAUAUUUAUAGAUAUUAAUGGAGAUAAUUGGGAUGAUCUCAUCGUCGGUGCACCAUAUCACUAUUCAAAUGCUACUGAUGGUGGGCAUAGAAGACACGGAGCUGUGUUCAUAUUUUUAAAUAGACAAAGCUAUUUUUAUACACCAAUAGAUGAAAUCAGUGAACUGAAACUGUUUAGUUAUGAUUUUCCGGAGACUUUUCAAUUACUCUUACCACCAUCUCAUAAUUGUGGAAAUUCACCGAUUCCUGGUUUUGGAGCGACUAUAACGAAACUUGGUGAUAUCAAUCAUGAUGGCUUUCAAGUAUUACCUUUUAGUCGACAACCGAAAACUUUGAAGAGUUGGGAUGAUCUCAUCGUCGGUGCACCAUAUCACUAUUCAAAUGCUACUGAUGGUGGGCAUAGAAGACACGGAGCUGUGUUCAUAUUUUUAAAUAGACAAAGCUAUUUUUAUACACCAAUAGAUGAAAUCAGUGAAUUGAAACUGUUUAGUUAUGAUUUUCCGGAGACUUUUCAAUUACUCUUACCACCAUCUCAUAAUUGUGGAAAUUCACCGAUUCCUGGGUUUGGAGCGACUAUAACAAAACUUGGUGAUAUCAAUCAUGAUGGCUUUCAAGACUUUGCAAUCGGCGCCCCUUAUGAAGAAAAUGGCGGAGCAGUAUACAUUUAUCAUGGAAGUAAAUCAGGAAAAAUUCAAACACCAACACAAGUGAUCUGUGCAAGGGAUAUGCAAAGUCCAAGACCAUUGGAGGGAUUUGGUUUCUCACUUGGAUUGAAUGGUGCUGAUCUAGAUGAUAAUGGUUAUCCAGACAUGGCGAUUGGAGCAACUUUAUCUAGUUCUGUGGCUGUUCUACGAACACGACCUGUUGUCAGAUUCAAUGCAUAUUUAACAAUGAUGGAUGGUAGUACUGUUCUUCCCGCUUCAUUCAACUCUUUAACUGAUUGUUCGAAUGAAGCUCAAUUGAUUACUGGAUAUAAAACAACCUCUGCUAAAUGUCUGGAUGUGAAAUUGAUCAUAACCUACACUAGUGUUGAUGAUAAACCGUGUAAUCAACGCCGACAUUAUCCAGUAACAGUUCUACUGAAAUAUAAUCCUACUGUUGAAUGGCUUUCAGAAGGUUGGGAAGUAUUUGAUAAAAAACCAGUUCCUCCAGAAUCAGCUGAUGCGACAAAUCAAUGUAAUAGUGAUGAUCAUCAACAGUCAAAUAUUGUUACACAAAAUAUUAUGAAAGAAUUCUAUCAAAAUUAUUCCCUAUCACCAAUUGUAUUUAUACGAGAAAAGAGUAUCAAUGAUAUUGAAACGCAUAUCAUUAAACAAUACUUUAAACGUAAUGAAUCUGCAUACCUGUCAGGAUUUGAUAGCCCUGGAGGAUAUUUAGAAUUGGAAAGUAGCGCAUUUUGUCGUGAUCCUAUAAAAGUGAAAAAUAAUCAACGUUUUAGUAAUGAUGAAUUAAAUUUAGCGCAUACAUUUAGAAUGAUAUUUCGAGAUACAUAUUUAAUUGAUCAAACUGAACCUUUAAAGAUUGGCGCGAAAUGGAUUGCUAGAAUGACUGAACCACAUCCUGCAGCAGAUCAGAUUGAUGAAUAUCCUGUAGCUGAUCCACGUGAAAAUACUGAACUCCUUCAGUUAUCAUUUGACAAUCCUUGCGCAGUUCGUAAAUGUUGUCCAAAACUACGAGUUAGCUACGAUGUAAAAGUUACGAGAGAUAAAAAUGGCCCAGUUGUUUAUGUUGGUGAUGAUAAUAAUCAGACAAUUGAAGUGAAUGUUCGUGUCACAAAUAUUGGCAAUGAUUUAGCUUAUGUAACUGGAUUAGUCAGUAAUUUUCCGUCUACUCUCCUAGAACUUGAUCCAAAAUUACGUGAGGCCAGUUUAAUUCGACCGGAUACAGCAAUUUGUCAUCUUCAGCAUCCACUGGCUUUUGGUGAAACCAGUCAUUGUGUUAUACGCUGGCUUGUUGUUGGACAUCAGCUGACAGUACAAAUGGCAAAAUUCUAUGUAAAUAGUACUGUAUUAAUAAGUUCCAAUAAUCCUAUACAAAUUGAAGGACAAUUAACUAAUGAAUUACAAGUAAAUAUAAAGAUGACUGUAAAUGUUUCAAUAUUUGGAACAGUUGAACCUAGUACAAUUUAUUUCACUGGGAAUGUUAGCGAUGGUAUCAGUUCAAUGACAGCAGAGAAUCAAAUUGGAGAUGUUAGAAUUGUCGGGAAAUUUACUGUAAGAAAUCUACGUAAGCAUAGCUUGAUACCAGCCUCCCGUUUAAUUAUUGAUUGGCCUUUUGAAUUCUCUGGAUUUAUCAAUGAACCACAUGGGAAAUAUUUACUUUAUCUUCUUGAAAAUCCCUAUGUUAUACAACAUACACUAUCGAUUCCAGGUGAAUCAAUAGAGAAUUCAACUAGUGUUGUUUGUGAUUCUAGAGCAUUAGAAAAAGUUGUCAAUCCACAUAAAUUCAGAGUAUUUUCAAGAUUAAGAAAAUCAAUUGAUGGUGUACCUGUACGAACUGCUCCUGUCGACUUACCCAUAGAACAUCCAUCUUCAUAUCCUCCAUUAUCAAAUGAAAUGAUACUAGAACCAGUACCUGAUCGUUUAACAGAUUCAAAGUCUAUCGAUCGAAAAAUGACUACAAUUAGUUGUUAUAAUGGUCGACUUCGAUGUGUUCCAAUUGUUUGUGAUUUAGGCAAAUUAUCGUAUAAAGCUGGACCGAUAACACUGGAAUUUAUUGCUAGACUCUGGGAUAAUACAUUUCGUGAAGAAUUUCGUAAAGUUUUCUUAACAAAACUUCAUAUUACUGCAACAUGGAGAGCUGAUGUAAAGUAUGGUAUAGAUCUUGGUGAUUCAGAUCACGCUCAAGAUACGUGUUUGAAAAUAUUCCAAUAUUAUAACUUAACUAGUUGCAUGUCAGGAUUUAUAGAUCAUAAAACGGUUGAAGUACAUAUUUUCAACAAUUUAGAACCGAAACCAAUCCCACCUAAACACAUGGCAUUGUAUAUAGGAUUAGCCGUAUUCGGUGGUCUAUUACUCUUAUCCAUUCUAGUAAUCAUUCUUUACAAGGCUGGUUUCUUCAAACGAAAACGUUUCCUCAGAAGACGAACAAAAACACCCACUUCAGAUCCAACACAAAGACUUGGUCAGUAUGUUUCAGCAGAACCUAAUCAAAAACAAUCCUUAAUAUCACCGAAUCAAUCAGGUUAUCAUGACAGUAAGAAAAGUAAAUCCGGAGGACGUUAUCACCAAGUGCCAAUGAAUUCACAAGAACCAAGCUAUCGUCGAACACCAUAUUCACCUUCAUCGGGUUUUCCAGUUUCACAUACACGAUAAUACAUAGAUUUUAUCCUAUUUUAUUUUAUUUUAUUUUGUGCUCACUAAAUGCUCUAAACAAAUUCCAGU